AUGAAGUUGUCAACUAUCAGCGGUGUGUCGGUUCCGGUACUUGUAUUCAUCAUCUUCAUAAGUAGUGCCGCCACUAGAGACUUGGUGGUGGUGGCAGCAGGCCGAAUACCGGCGGCUGCUAAGGCAGAUGCGUCGUCAUGCAGUCCGAUGGAGUUGAGUCCAUGUUUAGAUCCAAUCCAGUUCGGUUCGAAGCCGUCGAGCAUCUGCUGCCAGAAGCUCAAGGAGCAGGUUCCAUGUCUCUGUGGAUACUCAUACAUCAAGAAUCCAGCUUUUAAGCCAUAUGUCACCGGACCCAAUGCCCAAAAACUCUCUUCCAACUGCGGCGUUCCUUUCCCUCGUUGUUAA